GUAUUCUUUUUUUUACAGAUAGCUAGUGCCAGCCUUGAGCUGGACUGCAGUAAUGACUACGGAUAUAUCCCUCGUCCGAUGGGACCCUACACAACAGCAAGAGAUUAUUGAAGACUAUGAAUACGAUGGCGGAAAUUCAUCAUCGCGACUUUUCGAACGAUCCAGAAUUAAAGCAUUAGCUGACGAACGAGAGAGCGUACAGAAAAAAACCUUCCAAAAAUGGGUUAAUUCACAUUUAGUAAGAGUAAAUACUCGAAUCGGAGAUUUAUAUGUCGAUUUGCGUGAUGGAAAAAAUCUUAUUAAAUUAUUAGAAGUUCUCUCAGGAGAACGAUUACCACGUCCAACCAAAGGAAAAAUGCGUAUUCACUGCCUAGAAAAUGUCGAUAAAGCAUUACAGUUUCUUCGAGAACAACGUGUACAUUUAGAAAAUAUGGGUUCCCAUGAUAUAGUUGAUGGAAACCCACGAUUAUCAUUAGGUCUUAUUUGGACAAUUAUUUUACGGUUUCAAAUUCAAGAUAUUACAAUUGAAGAAACUGUUAAUCAAGAAACAAAAUCAGCCAAAGAUGCAUUGCUUCUUUGGUGUCAAAUGAAAACAGCUGGCUAUCAUAAUGUAAAUGUUCGUAAUUUCACAACAUCAUGGCGAGAUGGUCUUGCAUUCAAUGCAAUCAUACAUAAACAUCGACCUGAUCUCAUACAAUUUGAAAAACUGUCCAAAUCAAAUGCCAUCUAUAAUUUAAAUAAUGCAUUUAAUGUAGCAGAAGAUAAAUUAGGUUUAACUAAAUUAUUAGACGCAGAAGAUAUUUUUGUCGAACAUCCAGACGAAAAAUCAAUAAUCACAUAUGUAGUCACAUAUUAUCAUUACUUUAGUAAAAUGAAACAAGAAACAGUCCAAGGAAAACGUAUUGGAAAAGUGGUUGGAAUUGCAAUGGAAAAUGAUCGUAUGAUUCACGAAUACGAAAGUCUUACCAGUGAUUUAUUACAAUGGAUUGAGGCAACCAUCACUGCAUUAGGUGAUCGACGAUUUGCUAACUCAUUAGUCGGUGUCCAACAACAACUUGCACAAUUUAGUAAUUAUCGAACAGUUGAAAAACCACCAAAAUUCGUCGAAAAAGGAAACUUAGAAGUUUUACUCUUUACAUUACAAUCGAAAAUGCGAGCAAACAAUCAAAAACCAUACACACCAAAAGAGGGUAAAAUGAUCUCUGAUAUUAAUAAAGCAUGGGAUCGUUUGGAGAAAGCAGAACAUGAACGUGAAUUAGCUUUACGCGAAGAACUUAUACGUCAAGAGAAAUUAGAACAACUUGCAGCACGAUUCAAUCGUAAAGCAAGCAUGCGAGAAACAUGGUUAUCAGAAAAUCAAAGACUUGUAUCACAAGAUAACUUUGGAUUUGAUUUGGCUGCUGUUGAAGCAGCUGCUAAGAAACAUGAAGCUAUCGAAACAGACAUUUUCGCUUAUGAAGAGCGUGUCCAAGCUGUUGUAGCUGUUUCACAAGAAUUAGAAGCUGAAAAUUACCAUGAUAUUGAUCGAAUAAAUGCUCGUAAAGAUAAUGUUCUUCGCUUAUGGCAUUAUUUAUUAGAAUUAUUACGCGCAAGACGUAUGCGAUUAGAGCUUUCGCUAAAUUUACAACAAAACUUCCAAGAAAUGAUCUAUAUAUUAGAUUCCAUGGAGGAAAUUAAACAACGAUUGCUUACCGAUGAUUAUGGCAAACAUUUGAUGGGUGUUGAAGAUCUUUUACAAAAACACUCACUUGUUGAAGCUGAUAUUAACGUACUCGGGGAACGUGUUAAAGGCGUUGUUUCCCAAUCACAACGUUUUCUCGAAGAUGAAUCAGUGGAAGGUUAUCGUCCAUGUGAUCCUGCAAUUAUAAUUGAACGUGUUCAACAACUAGAAGACGCAUAUGCAGAACUUGUACGAUUGGCUGUCGAACGGCGAGGACGACUUGAGGAGAGCCGAAAAUUAUGGCAAUUCUAUUGGGAUAUGGCUGACGAAGAAAACUGGAUUAAGGAAAAAGAGCAAAUUGUUACAGCUGGUGAUAUUGGCCACGAUUUAACAACAAUCAAUCUAUUGUUAUCAAAACAUAAAGCUUUGGAGAAUGAAAUCAAUAGUCAUGAACCACAACUAAUGGCAAUUGCAGCUGAUGGUGACGAAUUAAUUCGCCAACAACAUUUUGGUUCAGAUCGUAUUCAAGAACGUUUACAAGAAAUUUUGGAUAUGUGGAACCAUUUGUUAGAUUUAUCUGCAUUCCGUAGAAAAAGGCUAGAAGAAGCUGUAGAUUAUCAUCAAUUAUUUGCCGAUGCGGAUGAUAUUGAUAUUUGGAUGUUAGAUACAUUACGACUUGUUUCGAGUGAAGACGUUGGUCGUGAUGAAGCUAAUGUUCAAUCAUUACUUAAAAAACAUAAGGAUGUCACAGAUGAACUUAAAAAUUAUGGUUCUACAAUUGAAGCAUUACAUCAACAAGCAUCCCAACUUGGUCCACAAGAUACCAAAUCACCUGAAGUUGUUGAACGAUUGGCAUCAAUUGAUAACAGAUAUAAGGAGUUGUUGGAAUUAGCUAAACUUCGUAAACAACGUCUUCUCGACGCAUUAUCACUCUACAAACUAUUCUCUGAAAGCGAUGGCGUUGAACAAUGGAUUGGCGAAAAAGAUCGUAUGUUACAGACAAUGGUACCAGCCAAGGAUAUUGAGGAUGUUGAAAUAAUGAAACAUCGUUACGAUGGUUUCGAAAAGGAAAUGAAUUCAAAUGCUUCACGUGUAGCGGUUGUCAACCAAUUAGCCAGACAAUUAUUGCAUGUUGAGCAUCCAAAUUCAGAACAAAUUGUACAACGACAAAAUCAAUUGAAUCAAAAAUGGGCUGAAUUACGUGAAAAAGCUGAAGCUAAACGUGAUGAACUUAAUUCUGCACAUGGCGUACAAACCUUCCAUAUUGAAUGUCGUGAAACAGUUUCAUGGAUUGAAGAUAAGAAACGUAUCUUACAAUCUACAGAUAGUUUGGAAAUGGAUUUAACUGGUAUUAUGACAUUACAAAGAAGAUUAUCAGGAAUGGAACGCGAUCUUGCAGCUAUUCAAGCUAAACUUGAUGCACUUGAACAAGAAGCUGAUAAAAUUGAAAAGGAUCAUCCAGAUGAAGCUGCAGUUAUCCGUGAAAGAAUCACACAAAUUCAGAUCAUUUGGGAACAAUUGACACAAAUGCUUAAAGAACGUGAUUCUAAAUUGGAAGAAGCUGGUGAUUUACACAGAUUCUUACGUGAUUUGGAUCAUUUCCAAGCUUGGUUAACAAAAACACAAACAGAUGUUGCAUCAGAAGAUACACCUGCUUCUUUGGCUGAAGCCGAAAAAUUAUUAUCACAACAUCAAACUAUUCGAGAAGAAAUUGAUAAUUAUACUGAUGAUUAUUCAAAGAUGAUGGAAUACGGAGAACGUUUAACAGAGGAACCUCCAACACAAGACGAUCCACAAUACAUGUUCUUACGCGAACGUCUUAAGGCUUUAAAAGACGGAUGGGCUGAAUUACAUCAAAUGUGGGAAAAUCGACAACAAUUAUUAUCACAAUCACUUAGCUUGCAAAUGUUAGGUCGUGAUGCACGACAAGCUGAAGUAUUAUUGUCCCAACAAGAACACGUCCUUAGCAAAGAUGAAACUCCAUCCAAUCUUGAACAAGCUGAGAACUUAAUCAAACGUCAUGAAGCAUUCUUAACCACAAUGGAAGCAAAUGACGAUAAAGUAAAUUCAGUCGUUCAAUAUGCACAACGAUUAGUAAACGAAGGUCACUUUGAUAGUGAUAAGAUUGCUAAACGUGCUGAUAGUAUAAACGAUAGACGUAAUGCUAAUCGUGAAAAAGCCUUCCAACAAUUAGACAAACUUAAGGAUCUAUUAGAAUUGCAUCAAUUCUUACGUGAUUGUGAAGAAAUUGCUGAAUGGGUACAAGAAAAACAUAUUAUUGCACAAGAUGAAACAUAUCGAUCAGCUAAAACCGUACACUCGAAAUGGACACGGCAUCAAGCAUUUGAAGCUGAAAUUGCAGCGAACAAAGAACGAUUACAUAAAUUACAGCAAGCCGCUGAAGAAUUAAUCAAAGAGAAACCUGAAUUUGCUGAUUUAAUUUCACCAAAAGUAUCCGAAUUAGAUGAAACAUUUGAUGAUUUAGAGAAAACCACAAAAGAUAAAGGUGAACGUUUGUUUGACGCCAACCGAGAAGUUCUUAUUCAUCAAACUUGUGACGAUAUUGACUCAUGGAUGACCGAUCUUGAAAAGCAAAUUGAAAAUGAAGAUACUGGUAACGAUUUGGCAUCAGUCAAUAUUCUAAUGCAAAAACAACAAAUGAUCGAAACACAAAUGGCAGUUAAGGCUCGUCAAGUAUCCGAAUUGGAGAAUCAAGCUGAACAUUUACAAAAAACUGUCCCAGAAGAAAAGAUGGGUGAUAUUAAAGAAAAGAAGAUUCGUGUCGAACAACGAUUUGAGCAACUUAAAGCACCACUUUUGGAUCGUCAAAAACAAUUGGAAAAGAAAAAAGAAGCAUUCCAAUUCCGGCGUGACGUUGAAGAUGAAAAACUAUGGAUUGAUGAGAAAUUACCACAAGCUAAUAGCACUGAAUAUGGCAACAGUUUGUUUAACGUUCAUAUGCUUAGGAAAAAGAAUCAAUCAUUACGUAACGAAAUUGAUAAUCAUGAACCAAGAAUAAUGCUUAUUUGUAAUAAUGGCCAAAAAUUAAUUGAUGAAGGUCAUGAAUCAGCACCCGAAUUCCAAAAACUUAUUAAUGAACUUCUGGAAAAAUGGCAACAAUUGAAGGAAGCUGUUGAAAAUCGAAGAAAUAAAUUAUUACAAUCAGAAAAAGCACAACAGUACUUCUUUGAUGCAAAUGAAGCGGAAUCAUGGAUGAGUGAACAAGAAUUGUAUAUGAUGGUAGAGGAUCGUGGCAAAGAUGAAAUAUCUGCACAAAAUUUAAUGAAAAAACACGAAACAUUAGAAUUAGCGGUAGAAGACUAUGCUGAUACAAUUAGACAAUUAGGUGAAACUGCACAACAACUUAUUGCUGAAAAUCAUCCACAUAGUGAUCAAAUAGCUGUUAAACAAUCACAAGUUGAUAAAUUAUACGCUGGAUUAAAAGAUUUAGCUGGCGAACGACGUGCUAAAUUAGAUGAAGCAUUACAAUUAUUUAUGUUGAACCGUGAAGUUGGUGAUUUAGAACAAUGGAUCGCAGAGCGGGAAUUAGUUGCAGGAUCACAUGAACUUGGCCAAGAUUACGAUCAUGUUACAUUAUUAUGGGAACGCUUCAAAGAGUUUGCACGCGACACUGAAACUAUUGGCAGUGAACGAGUGGCCACCGUAAAUGGAAUUGCAGAUCAAUUAAUCAGUGUUGGACAUUCCGAUUCAGCCACAAUUGCUGAAUGGAAAGAUGGAUUAAAUGAAGCAUGGCAAGAUCUUUUAGAAUUAAUUGAAACACGAACACAAAUGCUAGCCGCAUCUCGUGAACUACAUAAAUUCUUCCAUGAUUGCAAAGAUGUAUUGUCUAGAAUACUUGAAAAACAACAUGCUAUUUCUGAUGAACUUGGACGUGAUGCUGGCUCUGUUUCUGCCUUACAACGUAAACAUCAAAACUUCUUGCAAGAUUUAAUGACUUUACAAUCACAAGUGCAACAAAUUCAAGAAGAAUCAGCUAAAUUACAAGCAUCGUAUGCUGGCGACAAAGCUAAAGAAAUUACAAAUAGAGAAGGUGAAGUUGUAGCAGCUUGGGCACAUCUACAAGCUAUGUGCGAUGCUAGAAAGCAUAAAUUAGCCGAUACUGGUGAUUUAUUCAAAUUCUUUAAUUUAGUUCGUAAUUUAAUGUUAUGGAUGGACGAUGUUGUACGACAGAUGAACACUUCAGAAAAACCAAGAGAUGUUAGUGGGGUAGAACUAUUAAUGAAUAAUCAUCAAAGUUUGAAGGCUGAAAUAGAUGCUCGUGAGGAUAAUUUUACAGCUUGUGUUUCUUUGGGUAAAGAAUUACUAGCUCGUAAUCAUUAUGCUAGUGCAGACAUAAAAGAAAAAUUGCUAGCCUUAACAAAUCAUCGCAACACAGUUUUACAUCGUUGGGAAGAACGCUGGGAGAAUUUACAACUCAUUUUGGAAGUAUAUCAAUUCGCUCGAGAUGCAGCUGUAGCAGAAGCAUGGCUUAUUGCCCAAGAACCAUAUUUAAUGAGUCAAGAAUUAGGUCACACAAUCGAUGAGGUUGAGAAUUUAAUAAAGAAACAUGAAGCAUUUGAAAAAUCCGCUGCAGCUCAAGAAGACAGAUUUAGUGCAUUGGAGCGAUUAACUACGUUCGAACUACGCGAAUUGAAACGACGUCAAGAACAACGAGAAGCUGAAGAACGAGCAAGGCUAGAAGCUGAAGAAGCUGCACGACAAGCAGCAUUAAAAGCUGCUUCACCUAGUCCCGAACCAACUGAUACAACUGACACCACACAAGCUGGUGCACAAGCGGUUGAAGAAGAAGGACAAGUGCAUGGAGCAACAUUGUCACGUGGUGGCCCUUCUAGACCCCAAUCAUUGGGGCAACGAAUCAGUUCUCCUACAACACCGCAAUCACAAACAUUACCACCAACUCCUUCAUCGAGAUCGGCAGAGAAGGAGAGCAGAAAGAAAGAACGAUCACGCAGCAAAUCACCAUUCCGCAGUUUUCGGUGGAAGAAAAGUCCAAAAAGUCCCGGGUCUCAAUCCGGUGCGGUUAGUGAUGAUGAAGAACGACCAAGUCCUACCGCCGAUGAUGAAGAUUUUGAAGGCAAUCUUGUUCGAAAACACGAAUGGGAAUCAACAACCAAAAAAGCAUCAAAUAGAUCAUGGGAUAAAGUUUAUAGCUGCCUUAAAGGUUCUAUGUUAGGAUUCUAUAAAGACAGUAAGACUGCUAAAUCAUCACCAGAACAAUUCUUCAAAGGUGAACAACCACUGGAUCUAGUUGGUGCAACAGUAAAAGUAGCAGAUGAUUAUACAAAGAAGAAGCAUGUGUUUAGACUUAGAUUAUCUAAUGGAGCAGAAUUUUUAUUCCAAGCUCAUGAUGAUGCUGAGAUGAACACAUGGGUUCAAAGAAUUUCAGCCCAUUGUGAAAGUAGCUUUGCUGGACCGUCUAGAUCACAAACGUUACCUUCAAGUGGUCAAAAGGAUGAGCCAAAACGUCGCAGCUUCUUUACUCUUAAGAAAAAUUAAAUACAGUUAAUAAACGGAUCCUAGCAACAUAAAAAUUUGAACGCAGGUACACUUAAGUUAAAAAAAUUAAGAAUAUAAUAUAUUCCAUCGUUAAUAUUUAAAAAAAAAUAAUGUUGAUGCAUUUUAAGUUUAACUAAUGUGUCCCUAAGUUUAUAAUUAAACUCUAUUGUAUAGAUAAAAAAAAAUGUCGCUAUAUAUAAAAAUUAUUAAUAUGUAUGUGAUUUUAAAAACCAAACAUUUUAAAGAAUCACACAUUUUCUUGCAAUAUUACAAACAAACAAAAAAUGAUGAAAUGACACCUGAAAAAAAAUAUACUGAAAAUGUUCAAACCAUUUUCAAUAUGUGAUUUUAAUUUAUUAUUGGUGUCGAAUGAAAGCUCUGUUAUUACACACAAAAAAACUUCUUUUACUU